CGCCCCUUGUAACCCCUGACCCCGACCCUCAUCGCUACCUUAUAUGGCAACAUCUGGGUCAAGCGGAGAAUCCGGAAGCUGUAGCAUAACGCAGGUCGACGCCUUCUGCACUCCACGUUCUGUCGCCAGCACGAGCAGAUUUGUUAACUGUUUCUGAACGAAGUCAUUCAUCACCUACUCAAUCAUGAGAGGAUUAGUGAAAGCCAAGAAAUAUGACUGGAAGGAUUCCAACAUGGCUCUAUUUGGCUCCGACACGGAAAAGCAGGUCAAAAAGGAAUCUGCAGAGUCAGAACCUGCUUGGCAGGGAGCAGGGCAGGAGCCAAGCCUGAAGAUCUGGAGGAUUGAGCAAUUUGAAGUCAAAGACUGGCCUGAAGAGGAUUAUGGUGAAUUCUUCAAUGGUGAUUCAUACAUCAUCCUCAAUACAUACAAGGAGGAGGAAACAGAAGAACUCAAAUUUGAUGUCCAUUUCUGGAUCGGCAAGAACAGCACUCAGGAUGAAUAUGGAACUGUUGCCUACAAGACUGUGGAGCUUGACACGUUCUUGGAUGAUGCCGCUGUACAACAUCGGGAAGUUCAAGGUCACGAAUCAUCUCUCUUCAAGUCCUACUUCCCACGUGGCAUCAUGACGAUGGAGGGUGGAGCCGCGAGUGGCUUCAGGCAUGUGGAGCCAGAGACAUACGAACCUCGGCUCCUACACUUCAAUGGGAAAGGAAGGAAUAUUUCUGUCAGGGAGGUGACACUCAGCAAGAAUUCGCUCAAGUCUUCAGAUGUGUACAUCCUCGACCUCGGCAAGAGGUUUAUCCAGUACAAUGGCAGUGGCUGUAACAUAAUGGAGAAGUCCAAGGCUAUGGAAUUUAUGGGUAAACUGAAGAAUGACAGAGGAUCCAGCGAUGACACCGUCAUCGAGGAGGGCGAUGGAUGUCCCGAGUUUUUCGAUGCUCUGACUGAAGAAGAUGUCGAUGGCGACAGUGAUGACGAGGAUGAGGAUGCUGAUGGAGAGAAGAAACUCUUGAAGCUGAAUGCUGAGGGUGUCUUUGAGGAUGUCAAGACAGGAGAUAUUAGUAAGGACGACUUUGUUUCUGAGGAUGUUUUCCUCCUGGACACACCCUCAGAAGUCUUCGUCUGGAUCGGCUCUGGUGCUUCCUCAGCAGAGAAGAGGAACGGACUCCCUCGUGCACAUGUGUACAUGAGCACCAGACCCAAGCUGGCCACUCCUGUGACGGUCAUCAAGGAAGGGGGAAGGUCAACUGCCUUCCAGGUGGCAAUCUCUGCAUAAACCACAACUACAGCCAUAUUGGACACCAGAUCUCCCAGACAGGCAUCGGCACAGAUUCCUGUAGGCAUGAACACCAGGAGGAGGAUGUUCGAAGCAUGAUUCAUCUCCAUCCAUUAUCUCACACUUACAAACUUAUGGCAUUAAAGUUUUAAAAUGACCAUAAUGGAAAUAUUUGCUAAAGAACAGUUUCAUUUUAACUGGUAAUCUUUGAUUCUGGGAAUACUGCUAUUAAAGCAAGGUCAAAUUCGUUUUUAAGAAAUGACCUUUACCUUUUGACCUUACAGAAAUGACCUUUGUGAAGGUCAAUGUCCUGACUGAGAGAUUCUGGUGUUGAACAUUUUCUGUAUCAAUAGCCUAAUGUACCAUGUAGCUGCUACCACAAGCAUAUAGGGUAAUAAUUGUGCAUGACACACUUUUUAAACAAUGUUGCUGAUUCUCCAAGGUUUUGCCUGGGAAUUUAUCAAUGACUUAAUCAUAUCUGAUUUAUUUGUUUCUAACUAUACUUGUGCAAUAGAUGAUAAAUUAUUGAUAUUCAUCCUCAAGUGCUAAGUUUUUAACUUUACUGAAAGAAAUUGGAUGUUGAAGUUAAAUUUGUAUAUUUCAGUCAUGUUAAUGAAUAACAUGUCAUGAAAAUUUAAACAGUGUGGAAGAGGAAAAUUAAGAUCUGAAUGAAAGCUUUUUCAAUAAUUCAAAAUAAAAACUGCCGGACAGUUAUUCUUUAAAAAUUAAACCCAUGUUACAUGUGCCUUAAAACCUGAACAUAUGUGAUAAAAUGCAUGUAGAGUUUUCUUGUAACUUGUAUUUGUAAGUGCAUGUCUUAAUGUUAUGUGAUCUGAUAAAUAUUAAUGCUACCCAAAUCCUUUCAUACAAUACUUAAACAACGCACUAACUACUCCAUAUGCUUAUUUUACUUAUGUUCUGGGUCUACCAUCAACGAAGUAGUGGAACAAACCCUAUGUGUUAUAUACAAACCAACUUCAUUUCUAUUGACACAAGUGUCAAACAUGUCAUUUCUUUUAUUGGGACUUAAAAUGGUGGAUUUAUUUUGAAAUAAUUUUGAUAUUUGUCUUUUCUGUAAAAUAUAUUUUCAUCAUACUGUGCUCCAAUGAAUUGACUAAACAUUUUUAGAGACGAUAAAACUUGAGUUAAUGUCAUUUUUAUCCAUGACCGUCAGCCCUAUGCAAACACUGUUGCUAGAUGGCUUGUAGCUUGCCUUUAUUGAGUUCAGAGCAUAUAAGGCUUUGGUAGUUAUUUUCAUUUAUAGCUUUGUAUGUUAUUGUUAUUUUGAGCAGUUUAUUUUCUUCCUGACAUAUUUAGAUAGAAAUAAAAAUACUCUGUUGUGA